AUGACAUCGAACGUACAACCCACGCAACUUCCUCUGACCUGGAUUGUAAUUGCAUCGUGUUUCAUACUUGUCGUUGGUUUUAUCCGCUUAUACGAUCCUCUUCGCAAAUUCCCCGGACCACUCGCGGCAGCGACCACGAGACUUUACUCUGUGAAAGCUUUGUGGAGCGGACGAGAGCAUGAGUUACUGCUCGGUGCCCACAAGCGAUAUGGCUCUGUCGUGAGAUGGCAGCCAAACUUGCUUUUACUCAAUGACCCCACGUUAUUACCUAUCAUUUACAAUCAUCGGUCGGACAAAACGCCGCAUUACAAUAGCUCACUCAAAAGUGUCGAGUCUAUUGUAGAAGCCAAAUCGUGGAAAGUUCACCGCAAUGCUAGGAAGCGCAUCUCAAAACCUUUUUUGUUGGAGUCUAUCCUGCAGGAUGAAGAUCUGAUCGACUCUAACAUCGUGUCCUGGAUCGACAAGCUGGGUCAGAUCUCUGCAAGCGACAAAACAUUUGACUUCUCGCGAUGGCCACAUCUUCUGGGCCAUGAUCUCAACAUGAUUCGGCUUGUCGGCCGCCCGCUCAGCGAUAUGGAUCCGAUAUCCGCUCAUCUCAAUAAUCUUGUGCACGCUGCUCAAGACGGAGCGAUAGCAGUACACACCCUGGCGAGACUUCCAUGGCUGAAGAAAGCACUUUUCAACGGGCCUUUGGGACGAUUCUUGACUCCGAACAGCGGCGACGGCAGCCAAUUGGGGGAAGUACUCGAAUUUCGUGAUGGCCUUGUAAGAAGCGAACGUGUGGCCCCAGACGAGAAUAGCAAAGCUCGCAAGCGAUUGCUGGAUCACUACAUGCACGAAGCAAGAAACGAGGACGGAACACUGAUCGGAUCCGACGAGAUCGAGGAUGACAUAACAAACCUACUCUUCGCUGGCACCGAGACAGUAGCACACACCAUCCUAUCAACUGUACUACACAUCUCACAAAACGCACCAUGUCUCGCGAAACUCCAAAGCGAAAUCAAAGAUGCUGUUACCUCGUCUCUCAAAGCCGGCGAGAUAGACCACCCGAACUCUCCUCUGCCAUACACAACAGUGACCAAAUUACCCUACCUCAACGCUUGCAUUCGCGAAAUCCUUCGCUUGGACCCUCCAGUCGUCAGCUACCUUCCUCGGGCGAUCAAGAGCGGCGGAAUCCAGUUACCCAACGGCCAGGGCUUUAUCCCCGAAGGUACCGAGGUCGCCAUGUCACCGUAUGUAAUCGGUCGGAACGAAGAGUUGUAUGGACCUGAUGCAGAGGGUUUUCGGCCGAGCCGGUUCCUUGAAGACUCAGACUGGGCGGGUAAGGUUUUGCCUUACGAUUUCGCUUGGGGCUAUGGUAAUCGCAGAUGUUUGGGGAAAGUCCUGGCUAUGCUGAUUUUGCGCAAGUCGUUGUUUGAGUUAUUCCGACACUUUGAGCCGGAGGUGGUGUCUGAAGGGACUUCGAAAGCAUAUCUGCUAUGGAGUCACAAGAACGUGGUUCUUAGAUUGAGGCGCGUUGAAGUGGACUUAAUGUGA